AUGACGCUGUGCUCUGUUUUUAAUUGUAAUGAAAGAAGUGAAAAGCAAUCGUCAUCUGGAGUUCAUUUUCAUGUGUUUCCAUGUCAUUCAAAAUCACCUACUAGGUUUCGAAGUUGGGUCAAUUAUUGUAAACGAAAAAACUUUAACCCCGGUUAUAGCGCGAGAAUUUGUUCAAAGCAUUUUAAGUCUGAAGACUAUAACCAGUCAGAUUUAUUACGACAACAAUUAAUGCCCAAUAUAAAAGUCAAAGUAAAACUUAACACAAAUGCUGUUCCUACGGUUUUUCAAAAUAUACCCUGCUCUACUUCAAAUUCUUCAAAUUCAUCCGAACGAGAAAAAAGAAAAAGAAAAAAAAGAAAUUAUAUCUUCUAUAAUGACAAGUACACCAAAAAAGUUAAAGCUUAG